AUGAUAUUUGGAUUUUCAAUCAAACUUAACAAAGUUCGGCAGGCUCUAUUACACACGCAUGACGUGGUAGCUAGGGAAGUAUACGGCGAAGAAGCGCUUCGUGUAACGCCACCACCGAUCGCGCCCUACCUGAACGGCGGCAACGAUGAAAUCGACAACGGUGACGCCGGAGAACUGCAGCACGUUACGCGCGUCCGGCUGGUACAGUUCCAGAAGAACACCGACGAACCGAUGGGUAUUACGCUGAAGAUGACCGAAGACGGCCGGUGCAUCGUGGCCCGGAUCAUGCACGGUGGCAUGAUCCACCGGCAGGCCACGCUGCACGUGGGCGACGAGAUACGGGAAAUCAACGGCCAGCCAGUGCAGCAUCAAACAGUCAGUCAAUUACAGCGAUUGCUGCGGGACGCGCGCGGUUCUGUUACUUUUAAAAUAGUUCCUUCAUAUAGAAGUGCCCCACCGCCGGUUGAGCUAUUCAGGAUAAGACCAGCACCGGUCCUGGUUGAUCAGAUUUUCGUACGAGCACAGUUCGACUAUGACCCGCUGGACGACGAGCUGAUACCUUGUGCGCAGGCAGGGAUUGCUUUCCGUGUCGGUGAUAUUCUACAGAUUAUUAGCAAAGACGAUCAUCAUUGGUGGCAGGCCAGGCAUGACGCUGCGGGAGGUUCAGCCGGAUUGAUACCCUCACCAGAGCUUCAGGAAUGGCGCAUCGCCUGCCAAUCGGCGGACAAAUCCCACAAAGAACAAGGAGAAGCAGGGCCCGGUUGUUCAGCACAGGCCGAAGGAUGUGAAGGACCCACAGUAGUUAAUUGCUCAAUAUUUAGUCGUAAAAAGAAACAGUGUCGGGAUAAAUAUUUGGCGAAACACAAUGCGGUCUUCGAUCAGCUGGAUCUGGUGACGUACGAGGAGGUGGUCAAAGUACCGAUUGGCGAUCCAGCCUUCCAAAGACGCACCCUAGUGUUGCUCGGAGCGCACGGCGUAGGACGACGUCAUAUCAAAAAUACGCUCAUCGCAAAAUAUCCGGAUAAAUACGCUUAUCCAAUACCACAUACCACCAGACCACCACGGCCGGAUGAGGAGAAUGGGCGAAGCUACUACUUCAUAUCACACGAUGAGAUGAUGGCGGAUAUUUCGGCCAACGAGUACCUCGAGUACGGUACGCACGAGGAUGCGAUGUACGGUACCAAGCUGGAGACGAUACGACGCAUCCACGCGGACGGCAAGAUGGCAAUACUGGACGUGGAACCACAGGCCUUAAAAAUACUUCGAACAGCCGAAUUUACGCCGUACGUUGUGUUCAUAGCAGCGCCACUGCUGCAAAACAUCGCCGACUACGACGGUAGUCUCGAGCGUCUCGCCAAAGAGUCCGAUAUGCUGCGCCAGGCGUACGGUCAUUUCUUCGAUCUGACCAUCGUCAACAACGACAUCGGUGAGACGAUAGCAACGCUGGAGAACGCUAUCGACAAGGUGCAUUCGACCGCCCAGUGGGUCCCGGUGUCCUGGCUGUACUGA